GCAGCAGUAUCGCAGCGAGCAGGAGCCACAGCACACUGUGGCGUCCGUAGUGUCAAAGUCCUCCGGACACUGGAAACCAUCAUGGUAAUUCCCAUUACCGUCAAGCCAGCCGUGGCAGUACUCUCCCUGUGCGUCCGAUAUCCGCAGAUUCCAGGUAAGAUAUCCCAGCAGCAGGCAGCUCAGCAGGCGCACCAUCCCGGCGAGCCGCUACAGAUCCCUGCGUCCAGUGCGCUUCAGCUCCGCGACCACCGAUUGAGCCCGGGCCAGGAAGUCUUCAUCGGGGCUACUUCACUUGAAGGCAGGUCUGCCCAUCCCUUCAUCCAGAAAAUCUGCCGUUUGGAAACUACUGAUGUGGCGCCCCCUUCUGGCGGUGCAAACUUUUAUGCCUGCAGGCUACCAGACACCAUCCCCUGUCUUUAAAAUUAAGAUUUACAUUAUAAAGCUCCAGUCUGUCUGUGGAGCCUUUCUGGCAUUAGCUCUCAUGUUCCUCCUUGAUGCUUUGAGCUCAGUAGCAAAAUGGCCUCUGCCUUUUCAUUCGUCGUAUUUCGUUGAGCCUUUUUUUUUUUCUUCUCAUUUUUCACAUUGUAAAACUGCUGUAGCGCCCCGUUGUUCUCUGUGUGGAUGGCGUGGCUACAAAGGAGGCAGGCAGCGGCGCGCAAGUCCCGCCUGUAUUCCCCUUUGGAGGAGUCUCAGUGUCUGCGCUCCCGACUGGGGAUUGGCGCGGCUGCUUGUCAGUAAAUGAGCCCACCCUUCUGUAUGUGGGGAAACCGAGCCAGACAGUGACGGACCUGACCCCCCGGUUAUCAGCUGCCUGUCACACCAGCACCGACCCAGAGCCGUCUGCCGUGCUGUGACACCUGGCAGGGAUGGAGGGAGAGAUGCAGCCCGCAGACGAAGGACCCUGUGCCCCCAAAAUGUGCAGACAGCAGCGGGGUCCGUACAGCACCCUGAAAACCUUCCAGAGCAGACGCUGGGCGGGCAAGACGCGCUUUGACAGGUCCAGUGUGGUGGAGGUGCCUCUGUUUGGCGAUGGGCAUCACUUCACUUUCCAACCCGAGCAGACGCACCAUUUCCAGCCCCUCCAUCACCAUCACCAACACCAACAACACCAGCAGCAGCAGCAGCGUCUGCAGCAGCUUCACCAAAGCAGUGUCGCCAUCAGCAGUAGCCAGCAGCAUCACCAGACUCCCCAGCAGCAGCAGCAGCAUCGUUUCCCAUGUGAGAGCAGGCCCAGCAGCAGGGUCCCGACAUCCACCUCAGCGCCGGCGGGCAGCGUGGCGGCCGCAGUGUCUCCUGGUACCCUGGAGGGGCGCUCCAACGGCGGCAGAUCAGAGCCCAGGUUUUCCCCUGACUGCACCUUUGGAAUCAGCUCAGAGAAUCGUCUUAUCCUGGAUGCCUUCGCCCAGCAGUGCAGCCGAGUCCUCAGCCUCCUCAACAACGGCCGUCUCCUGGAAUCCUCCUCCUCUAUUAACUCAAGCAUAAAGCUGGAAGAUGGUCCAGGGGAGGUCCAGGGUGUUCACUGCUCCAAGCCUGAGGAGAGCUCCUCCACCACAGACCCAGAGGAGGAGGCCCAACAAAGCCAUUUGAACCAACAACAGACCUCUGCUGUUCUUCGCAUCUUUACAGACUCCUUACAGAACUAUCUGCUGACGGGGCCUCCGCAGAAUCAGCAGCAACAUCUGACUGUGAGUCUGGAGGAGGAGCCGUGUCCGUCAGCUGAGCCCGGCUCAGGGGUGUCCCCUCAGAGACACAACCUAGGGGGCUGGGGCUCGCCAACUCCGUCAGACUCGUAUGGCCACCCAUCAUCCACUCUGCCAGAGGAGGAAGAGGAGGAGGAGAACUGUUGUCCACGCUGCUUGGAGCUGGAGCAGGAGGUGCUGUCUCUGCAGCAGGAGAACGAGGAGCUCCGCAAUAAGUUGGAAAAUUUCCCAGUCCCCUGUCAAAAUGUCCUCGAUUACUUUAAGACUGUUCUUGAGUUUAACAACCAGCUGGUUCAGCCGAUGCCGGAGGAGCAGCUCACUGAGGAAGAAGAGCGACAAACGGUUUUUGAGGGCAGCAAGCAGCUCCUGGAGAACUACCCUCUCUUCAUCUCAAACAAGCAGUGGGAUGAAGCCGUGAACUCCUCUAAGAAAGAUGGCCGACGACUGCUGCGCUACUUGAUUCGUUACGUCUUUACCACAGAUGAGCUCAAGUUCUCCUGUGGUUUGGGUAAAAGGAAGCGCUCGGUCCACUCAGGAGAUCCAGGCCUGGAGAGACGGCCGCUCAACCCUGUGAAAGUCAGCUGCCUCAGAGAGUUUAUCCGGAUGCACUGUGCCUCAAACCCUGACUGGUGGAUGCCGUCAGAGGAGCAGAUUAACAAAGUGUUCAGCGAUGCCGUGGGUCACGCUCGUCAGGGCCGAGCCGUCGGCACGUUCAUGUGCAGCAGCGGCAGCAGCACCAGCAGCCUCUACAUGGACGGCUUCGAUGGACAUCUGUCACAGGACGAAAUGUACCUGAAAGGAUGCCAGAACGGCCAAUCAGACUAAAGUUACGGAGGAACAGCCUGAAAAUAGCAAAAGCCUGAAAUGUAGCCGUACAACAACAUAUCCCAAAACACAGACCUUAACCUGUAACUUUACACAGUGAAGAAAACAUUCCAGACGUCUCUCAGACACAUCACUACAGUUCUCUGGAGCAGUCCCCAUGUUUGUUUGUUUGUUUGUUUGUUUGUAGCUUUUCCACAUUUUUACUCUUUUGAUUUUGUUCAGUCAAAAUUUGACCCUGAAAAGGGAUUUAAACACAACAUUUAAGUCUUCCAUUUUCUACUUCUUCUUUCAUGUUUUGAGGGUUCAUGUCAUCAUCAAGGGAGUAUUUUGGAUUAUUUUGACUUCUGUUUUGAGGGAUGGCGUCCCUGUGAGUUUUUCUCAGUUUACAUGCAUACCUUAAGUAAUAAUAAAACCCCUUCUAACUAAGAAAAGUGUUCUCAAACAGAAAAUCUUCAAUGCAGCUUCAUAUUGGCUCAAUGAAGGAUUGGUGAAAGCUGUUUUUUUAACUUCCUACAGCAGCUUUUGGAUAAAACAACUUAAAGAACUCUCAAAGACACCUUCAGUGUUAUAUCCACCUUUUAUCUAAAUACUCAUUUACUUCCUGCUUUGACCACAUUUGGUUUCUCCUGUCAUUUCUCCAAAAAGGGUUUUAAUCACUUAGAGGCAUGUUUGUAGAAAAAGAGGAGACACAAGUGAAGUCAGAUGCCAAGUUCUUCAUUUGAUUUGCUCUGUGGAAGAUUGUUUGUUCAUCUUAACACAAGAAGUCUUGUAUGAAUCCAACAGAAAGAUAAUAUAUUACAUUUUACAUUCCAUGUUUUCAUACAAGACUUUUGAGUCAGGGUGAAUGUCUCUUUGCUAAGGCAGCUGCCAUACGAUAAAGCCUUACACUGGACUCCAGACUUUCACAGGUUAACAUGUUGAUGCUUUGUGUUCUUUCUGUCAUGUUGUCACAGCUGAACUUUUUUAAUAGAGACAGAACAUUUCACUUUAAAAUGAUGAUCUUGACCCAAGUAGAAGAUGUCGAGCACUUAUUUCUCCUAAAGCUCUUAUUUGCACUUUUCCACGUCUCACUGUGGCUCAAACUGUCCUCCAAUGAAAACUGAAUUAACCAUUUAUUUGUUGGACUUUGUUUUUGUUACUUCAUCGAUCUGUUUUCUACGUUUGAAUGUACCAGAUUUCCUCAGUCAGUUUGCCACGUCGAGUUGACAGUGCUGUGUAAAUGUGUAAUAUAAAGUACAGUAUUGUGUGAGCUGUUCUACCAUGUCUCUCUCUCUCUCCCUCUCUCUUAAAAGCCAAGUAGAAAAGUGCCACAGAAACCUUAAACAGUUGGAUUCUGUCGUUGUGUUGCUGUUUUGAAUGUGAGCAUUUAUUUGUUAUUUACUCCUCGACCCUCAAAGUGGCUGUUAUCAACAUCAACACUGUGAAACAUGGUUAAGAUUUCUACAAAUCUAAGAGCUUCUGUUGUUUUUAUUUAUUAUAAAUAAAAUAAGCACUUAAGCUGAA